AUCCACUACGGACACUUUGUUGUCAUCGCUUUUCUCCUUCUGCUGGUUUUGGGCGAAUUAUUUUGCACGCAUUCCAUAAAUUAACGCCGGAAUUCUAACAAAAGGUGAUAAAAAAAACUAAUAUAAAAUGAACAGAACAGUGAAGCCGCGCAAGAAAAAAAGCAUAGAAAUGACACGGGAAGAGACGCUCUACUUCAUUGAGGAGCUCAAAAAGCACCAUUGUCUAUGGGAUCGCAACGACGAGGGCCACAAGGACAAGCAUGUGCGUGACACGGCCUGGGGCGAGCUUUCCGUCAAGCUGGGCUACAGUGCGGACGAUCUGGUGGAAAAAUGGGCCUCCCUACGCUCAUCGAUGCGCCAGUACCGAUGCACGAUACGGAAAAGGAAUGCGGCUGGCAUUGACACCCGGCUGCCGUUCAUCAAGUGGCCCUACUUUUCGGCCAUGCUGUUUACGGUAAGCGAAGAGCUGGAAGGUUUAGAAGACAGUCCUAUGAUAGCGCCACCGACAAGGAUCCGGCUACCGCGAGCAGACCAGGAUGAAGGCGAAACAAGUCCAUCGAAACGGACGAAACUGGAGGACGCAUGCAUGGAGGAAUCGAAUUCAGAAGAGCUGCCCACAAGCUCCACAACAACGCAAGAAGUGGGUGAGCUAGUGAUUAAACGAGCACCACCCCCCGCACUGAUUAGGCCAGUGAAGCAGUCCAAGCUGAUUGCCAAGCCGCGCUACAGCAUGGCACCGGAAUUUGUUGCGGUCAAGGCGGAACCACGGUCGCGCUCGCCGUCACCGGCCCCGGGCGAGGUGCGCGGUUGCAAUAUACUGCACACACAGGACGAGGACGAGAUAUACGGGCACAGUGUGGCGCUGCUGCUGAAACAGUUCUCGGCCAAGACGAAGCGAAAGCUGCGCAUCCAAAUACACGACCUAAUAGCGAAGGCGCAGAAGCACGCGUUCGAGAAGCAGUUCGGUGUGCCUUACGAUGGGAAAAAAUGAUAGCUUCCAAGGAAGGCGCACAGCAGCAGCAGUAGUGUGUAAGGAAAUAGAGUAUUAUUAAGUUGUUUUUCGAAU